UGCGGGCGGCGGGGUCAGCCUCCUCUCCACCCUGCCCGCACCAUGCAGCCCUUACGCUGGCUCUGGCUUGUGCCGCUAGUGGCCGCGGCCACGGCCGCCGCUCGCUGCCCGUCCGGCUGCCACUGCCUUGGGGACCUGCUGCACGUCGUGUGCGAGAACAAGGGGCUGAGCAAGGUGCCGCGGGUGAAUAGCAAGGUGCGGCUACUGAGCUUGCAACAGAACAACUUCCCGAUGCUGCCGGCCGGCGGCUUCAGCACCUUGAAGAGCCUGGUGUCCCUUCACAUGCAAGGCUGCCACAUCCGAGAGAUCCGGGCCGGGGCUUUCCGCCGCCUCAAGAAGCUCGUCUACCUCUACCUGUCCAACAACGAAAUCAGCUCCAUCCGGCCCGGCGCCUUCCAGGACCUGUCGCAGCUCACCUACCUCUACCUGGACCACAACCGCAUCAGCGACCUGUCCAAGGGACUGCUCAGCCCGCUCACCAGCCUCUUCUUGCUGCAACUCAGCCACAACAGGAUGGGCCAGAUCGGGCCGGGCAGCUUCGCCGGGGCGCGGGAGCUGCGCUGGCUGCAUCUCAGCAACAACGGCCUGACCUCCAUCGCGCCCGGGGCGCUGGACGACGUGGAGAACCUGGCCACGCUGCACCUGGACGGCAACAAGCUGAGCAGCUACCCGGCGGCGGCACUCAGCAAGCUGCGGGUUGUGGAGGAGCUCCGGCUCGACUCCAACCCCAUCCGCACCGUGCCCGUCAACGCCUUCCACUCCUUCGGCAGAUACGUCGAGCGCAUCUGGCUCACGCACAUGCAACUGGAGAAGUUUUCAGAUGGAGCUUUCAAUGGCGUCACUGCCCUCUCCGCUCUCCACUUGGAUGAAAACAAGUUGCGGUCUCUGCCUCAAAGCCUCACCUUUACCAAAAUGAAAAACUUGACCAUGUCCGACAACCCGUGGGACUGCACUUGUUCACUGGCUGCUGCCCGAAGAUGGAUGGACACGAGCAGGAACCGCCCUGAUGGAACCUGCGCUUCUCCCAGCCAAUACCGGGGUCAGGAAAUCCAGGAAACCAACGCCUUCCAGGCCUGCAAAGAACGUGCAAAACGUAACCGGAUGAAGCCGCUCUGAGCAGUAGGUAAUAGGAAUGUCCGUCCUGGAGACUGGCUCCUCCACCAACCAUGCCAACUGCUGACUCCUCACAGCCAAUUCCCACGCACACAGAAGGAAUUUCUCAGUCACCCUCCACGGUAAUCGUGAAUCAGCUACAAAUUCCUCAGACCUUUGAAGAGCAUGUAACGAUUGCAGCUUCAGCACAGUGAGAUCUUCUCACUGUCCAUGUGUGUGUCCCUCGAUAGUCCCAUCGCUUACAAACAGCUAUGGAAAUCAAGCUGUUCACGGCAAUGGGGCAAACGGGCUUCUAGCUAGAAGCAUCUUUUUAACGAUACACACAGGCUUUUGUCAAAAUUAUAAAUAUAUAUACGUGUAUAUUUAUGUAUACAUAUAGGAUAUUCCUCAGUCAGUAGCUUCCUCCCCCCACACUCUGUGCCAUGCCAGAUAAUGUUACACCAAACUCCUCCACAGAAGUAGUACUUCAGGUAACUAACACUCCCGAUUACAGACCUCGCCUGACCAACAGGGCAGUCCCGUCACCUCAUAAACUCUUCCACUUACUGCAACCUGCCCAUUUCCAAUCUCCAUCACCAAAGAUUCAUACUGUCACUCAGUCACAGAUUUGUGGAAGAAAAUUUUGCCCCAACUACCCUUCUCAUUCACCACUUUGUGACUUAAACUUGUGAGCUCUGAUAACUUUCCUCCACACUAACGGCUCCCCCUGUUAGAGGAACCAAAGUAUUGGUUUUGAAAAGUGUUUAUGAUAUUUGUAAAGGAACAAAAUAUAAUGUGUACGAAAUGAAGGUGUUGACUACCCUGCAUGAAUGCACCAUCAAGGUUGCGAUAUCAUAUUUACCUUUAAAUGGGAGUUAUACAGUGAAUGAGCAGAGGGGAGGGAAGAGUUCCAGGGGGCUGAAUGUGUGCUACUGGACACAUUUUAGGCAGCUCUAUUCUCUGUAGAGGUCCUGGAUAAAUUUAAUUUGAAUACUUCCGAGACAGCAUAAGACAGCGGAAAAGUCUCUCAUUGAGGAGGGAAAAGAUCCAGGGGCUGGAAGGCCAAACACUCCAGUCCUUUGAUGAUGUGACCCUGAACACUGACCAUACAAUCCCAACAACACAGCAGGGUCCAACCUAAUGAACUAAUUUACGGACAAGCUCGCAGGCAGAUCGCAGGCAGCUAACGAGAUUGGUUUAGGCUCAAAUUUCUUUAGAAACACCUGAAUGCAGGAAAGGAGUGGCCAUGAGCAUUGUAUAGAACACAACAGAUCCAUGGCUAUAAUCCAUGGUUUAUAACACUGCCAUCAAAGCACAGCCUCCAACUUAUGCAACAUAUUUUUAUGAGAUAGUUCUAAUUUCUCCUCAAUGGAAUUAUUGGCUAUGAGGUUUUGGAAGCCUACAGUAAAAAAGCAAUUGCCAUUGGAUUAAACACAGAGGCAUUGCAUUAAACUUAGCCCAAAAUCCAAAGCCAAGGCUCUGCCUCUCUGCUGAGGCAUUCCAAGAGGGCAUGACUGAGGGAACAUUAUUGUACUCAAGCUUGCUGUACCUGAUAUGGGAAUACAUUGGAGCUUUGCACAGCACAAACCAUGGCCUUAAAAUAUAUGCUAUAAAAAUCAAUAGUUUAAUCAGGUCUCAUUCGAUUGUUUAAU